GCCCAGCGGCGUGCCGAGGCUACAAGUGCGGCGGCUGGUGAUUGGGGGACUUUCUCCGGGAGCCUUGCGGGGAGAGCGCGCUGAGCUCGAGCCGCACCUGGCGGCCGAAGUAGACUUUCCGGAAGCUGCUGGGGAAUGUCUGACUAGCGUUCAUGGAGCUCUACUCCCUUGCUAAGAAGAGCAACCAGGCAGACCUCUGUGAUGCCAGGGACUGGAAUUCAAGAGGGCUUCCUGGUGACCAGGCAGAUACAGCAGCCACAAGAGCUGCUCUCUGCUGUCAGAGACAGUGUGAGUCCACCCCAAGAGCAACUGAGAUGGAAGGGUCUAAACUUAGUCCUUCUCCAACAUCCCCUUCCUACUCUCUGCAAAACAGUACCCUUCUUCCAGACGCCUUUCCACCAGGACCUCUCCACUCGGGGAACAACCAAAUAACAGCGGAACAGAAAGUCUGUAACUGCUGCAGCCAGGAAUUAGAAACUUCUUUUACCUAUGUGGACAAAAACAUCAACUUGGAGCCACAGAACCAGAGCUCGCCAUCAGUAAAAGGGCAUGAUCACCCUGGGGAGCUUGGCUGGGAAAAUCCAAAUGAGUGGUCCCAAGAGGCUGCCAUAUCUUUGAUAUCUGAAGAGGAGGACGAUACAAGUUCCGAAGCUACAUCUUCAGGGAAGUCAAUAGACUACGGUUUCAUCAGCGCCAUCUUGUUCUUGGUCACUGGCAUCCUGCUGGUGAUCAUCUCUUACAUCGUCCCCCGGGAAGUGACUGUGGACCCCAACACUGUGGCAGCCCGGGAGAUGGAGCGCCUGGAGAAGGAGAGCGCGAGGCUGGGGGCUCACCUGGACCGCUGUGUGAUUGCAGGGCUCUGCCUCCUCACACUGGGGGGUGUCGUACUGUCCUGCUUGCUAAUGAUGUCCAUGUGGAAGGGGGAGCUCUAUCGUCGAAACAGAUUUGCCUCUUCCAAAGAGUCUGCAAAACUCUAUGGUUCUUUCAACUUCAGGAUGAAGACCAGCACGAAUGAAAACACUCUGGAACUGUCCUUGGUAGAGGAAGAUGCACUCGCCGUACAGAGUUAAUUCUGGUUGUGAAUAUCUUGAGAGUCUGCCUUGGCAUUUUAUAGUAUGAAAAAAAAGUUAAUUUGUAAAAAAAAAAAAAAAAAAAAAAAAAAAAAAAAAAAAAAAAUUCACAGUGCAAUUUAUUUGCCUGGCAAGAAAAGUUUAUUUCACAAACCAACAGCCAAUGAGUGAUUUUGUUCUCCAUGUGAUCUGUAAUGGUCAGGAACUUCUACUUCAAUAGAAAAAUAUUUCUAAUGAUCCAGUACACAAAUAUGUGAUAUUACUCUUUGGA